GAUGGAAGGCUGCGCGUUUGAGGCGCUGCACGCCCGAUCCGUUUGAAGAACCAUGUCAGCUCCUCUUCUGACCUAAACCCGGGACACCUUUCGCUUUUCAUCUCCUUCCACCUCCCAGAGACACCUGUCAAAAAAACAUGCCCGGCGCGACUCCGUCCUGCGUGGAUGUUUGCCUCUCGAACGGCGCGUCGGAUUCAAGCGGGGAAUUGCUCCGGUUUUCUUUUGCUUUCUGACAGAAACUCAUGAAUUCCUCCUCAGAGCGGCAGCUUUAUGGACUCGCGCAUUAGCUAAAUGAUGUCUAUGGGUUUCAUGCCCGACAGUGUGAACGGCUCCGAUCCCUCCAAGUCGGCCUUCCUGGAGUUCGGCCACGGACACCCGGCGCACCAGCAGCACUCCCCGGGACUCUCACACAUUUACCCCGUGCAUGGCCUCCACGCUGCGGGACAUUCUCAGCACGAAGGUCCCUUUCCUGGCAACGCGUCCUACGGCCCCCCGCUGGGAUACGCCUACCCGGGCACGGUGAACGCUCACCCGCCGUCCGCUUACUUGUCCUCCUACCAGCACAGCAGCCACAGCGGCGGCGGUCUGAGCCACAGCCGAUUAGAGAGGACAGAUCCCAACAAAUCCGGGAUGACAGAGAGCAGGGACGUCCGUCUGGUGAACGGCAAGGGGAAAAAGAUGCGGAAACCUCGGACCAUCUACUCCAGCCUGCAGCUGCAGGCUCUGCACCAGCGCUUCCAGCAGACCCAGUAUCUGGCUCUGCCCGAGCGCGCCGACCUGGCUGCCAAACUGGGCCUCACGCAGACUCAGGUGAAAAUAUGGUUUCAGAAUAAACGCUCCAAGUACAAGAAGAUCAUGAAACAUGGCGGCGGCUCAGAGGGGGAGCACCUCCACAGCUCCAGCUCCAUCUCCCCCUGCUCGCCGGCCUUACCCCAGCUCUGGGAGGUCUCCAUGGCGACCAAAGGAGCCCCGAUGCACCAGAACAAUUACAUGAACAGCUUUGGCCACUGGUACCCGAACCACCACCACCAUCCUCACCAGGACGCCAUGCAGAGGCCGCAGCUGAUGUGAAGUGAACGGACCGCCUGCAGGAGACAUGAACUCAUUUGUCCUGAGGAUGAACUUUACCGUUGCUCGUGCGCGUGCGUUUUGACUUCAGAGUUUUGCUGCCAAAUUCAAAUUCAUGCAGCAAAAAAAAAAAAAA